GUGGGAAUCCCUGCUGCUGUAUGUUUUGAUUUGUUUUGCUCUCCACGAAAACAACAGUGUCUCUAAACUUGGUUGUUUUCGUCACUUUAUCUUCCAAUUAAUCGGCGCUUGCUCAGUCCUUACCGUACGAUCAGCCAAGAAUCAUGGUCUAGGAAGUGAUAAUGAUUCUUCCGCUCUACUGUUUGGCUGGCGCUUUACUCCCACGCUAUUGGCGACAAUCUGCGGAAUCCUCGUAGCAUCUAUGCUUAACGAUGUUCGUAGGACAGAGGUCUUAUUGGCAUGGCUAAUAGAGGGCCAAGAUAUAGUUACUACGUGUGCUGCGCGAGUGACAGGGAUCCCGGUGACGCUGCAAUCGGUUAUUAGAGUAAUCAAGAAUGGGUGGAGAGUUCUUAUGACGGCUAUUAUGGAGAUAUGCAGAUGACGAUGACGGCGAAAUUCAUUGUGGGACAACCACUUGCGGAACUAUACCAGCCAAAUCCACCCGGAAACAACAAUGACCCGCCCUUAUUUAUUUGGCCAGAACCACCCGCAUUUCAGAAUGGUCAACUGUACGCCAUUCGUAGAACAUACAAAUGCGUCUGUCAAAGCAGAUUUGCAAACCGGCUUUGUUCAUAGCUACGAGAUACUCGGACCACCACAAAACACGACUCAAGCCUGGAAUCUGGAGGUCAUAGAUUUGAAUACGAAUGAAGCGGACAAUGGCGAACAAGAGCAUCUCAUUCGAGACAGUCGAUACAACGAGCGGAGUUAAGACCGAUCGAGUUAAUGAUCUUGCAUGCCAUGCUGACUUGCUUUGUCGAGCUCUUUCCUCACGGUUUCAGCCAGUCUCCAUUGUGUCCUCUGUCUUUCUGC